UUGAAACCUCUAUCUAGAGUAGGCUAUAUGAGGCAAUCAUGCACUUCUGCGUUUAGUGUUUGGUGAACUCUAGUCCCACUGAAAUAAAAUAAUGGGUUAAAAAACUCUACAAACUUGAUGGAUUACACUGACUUUACAAAGCACAGACUCUCGUUUCAGAACCAAACUGAUUAAAUACGUAACACAAGCCUUAAUUAAUGGUGUAAUGAUUGAGUCCAACGUGAGUCUGAGUUGCGCGUGGUGCGCUGGAGGAGGUGACGGGACCAGAGCGCACUUGGAUGAGAAUCACUCAGAACACAGUUUGAGUCCGUCUGGACACUUGGUGGUCGCGGUGUGCCUUGGAUUCAUCGGAACUUUUGGUUUCCUCAACAACACGCUCGUUCUCAUCCUGUUCUGUCGCUACAAAGUGCUGCGCUCGCCCAUGAACUGUCUUCUGGUGAGCAUCUCAGUGAGUGAUCUGCUGGUGUGCGUCCUCGGCACUCCGUUCAGCUUCGCCGCCAGCACGCAGGGCCGGUGGCUCAUCGGGCGCGCGGGAUGCGUGUGGUACGGCUUCAUCAAUACAUUCCUGGGUGUCGUGUCUCUAAUCUCCCUGGCAGUGCUCUCUUACGAGCGCUACUGCACCAUGAUGGGGGCCACGCAGGCCGACUCUACCAAUUAUAGAAAGGUGGCCAUUGGUAUUGCUUUCUCCUGGAUAUAUUCCAUGGUUUGGACUGUUCCGCCGCUGUUUGGAUGGAGCUGCUUUGGUCCAGAGGGUCCCGGCACCACCUGUAGCGUCAACUGGGCAGCCCGGACAGCCAACAACGUGUCUUACAUCAUCUGUCUGUUUAUCUUCUGCCUUAUUCUCCCUUUUGUGGUGAUUGUCUACAGCUAUGGCAGACUCCUUCAGGCUAUCACACAGAUGAGCAGGAUCAAUACGGCGGUGAGUCGAAAGCGGGAGCAGCGUGUUCUCUUCAUGGUGGUCACCAUGGUGGUGUGUUACCUGCUUUGCUGGCUGCCCUAUGGGGUUAUGGCCCUGCUGGCCACGUUUGGGCGUCCUGGCCUGGUCACAGCAGCGGCCAGCAUCGUUCCUUCUCUGUUAGCCAAGAGCAGCACAGUCAUAAACCCCAUCAUCUACAUCUUCAUGAACAAACAGAAGAAAGAAAGUCAUUCAGGUUUGGAACUACAUAAGAUUUUGCAGAUGUUUCCAUGCUCUCAUCUUGUGCACCACCCCAGAGAGAGGAUCCAGCUUCAAAAACUCCUCCAAAGUCACCAAAACUCUCAGGACAGUGCGACGUGCCAAUGGCCAGAAUGUGACCUUCGCGGUGGCCUCAGCUGGCCAUCCUAAUAUUUUUGGUCCUAACAGCGGUGGGCAGAAAACUUCCUCAGAGGGUGAGAAACCAUCUCCUGCUGUGGGCCAGGGCACCAACAGACCUGUUGUCUCUCUUGUGGCCUACUACAAUGGUUGAGCUCAUACAGUCAGGCCAAACCAAUACUAAUACAGUGGAAUUAGAAGUGACAGAGGUCACGGAUUGCAUAAAAAGAAAAGAGAAUUGAUAAGUGGGCGUGUUUUGCAAAGGAAUGUGGAACAAGGACACGCCCCUCACUGACAGUCGUGUUAUGUUGCAUGUGUGAUCUUUAUAGGGGAAAACACUAAGAAUGGAAGUAGACAGCUGGAGAAAGGAAUGACACCCCAAACGAAGUUUAAAACAUCUGGAUCUAACUAUUAAUUUAGAGUAGUUGAUGUUUCUUAUGAGUCCAGAUUUUGGUGAGGUGUCUCUGUUUUUUCCUGCUAUUUUACUUUAACAAGAAAACUUCACUACCAGUACUUUUUCAUGGUUGGACAACCAGUGUAGCACACAUUGUUUAAAGUGAUGCUUUUGUUACUCUUCUUGUAAUUCUGCUCAUCAUUUGGACAUGUACAAGUACUCUAAACACACAAAGGGCUGUUUGUGAAACCAAUAGUUCACCCAAAAAUUGAAAUUUGCUUAAAAGGUAUACUUUCCUUCAGGUCAUCCAAAAUGUAGAUCAGUUUGUUUCUUCAUCAUAACAGAUUUGGAGAAAUUUAGCAUUACGUCACUUGCACACCACUGGAUCCUCUGCAGUGAAUGGGU